AUGAUAGAUGAUCAAGUUAGCAAUGCUUUGAAUUCAGCUAUUGCAUUUGAAGAGAAAGGGCAAAUAAAGGAAGCGUAUUUUGCUUUUACAGUAGCCAGUGAAAAAGCCAUUCAAGCUUUAAAUGACAUCAAAUUUGUACAUUCUUCAAUUGUAUCAAGUCCGAAGCAUUAUGCACAAUUACUGGCGACAAUGAGGACUUGUCUUAUACAUAUUGAGAAUAUUAUUGAAAACCACUCACCUGCAGCACUCAAAACGGUUAGUCAACAAACUACAGGUGAUUCUAAGAUAAAUCGGCCUCCGUUACCGCCAAAGCCUUCCAAAAUGCAAAAACCAGUUCUACCGCCAAAACCUAGUAAAACAACUUCCCGCCCUCCUUCGCCUACAAAUCACACACCUACAACUUCCAAUUAUUCCUCCUCCACUGUUGAUAAGGAAUUGCAGGACAAUUCAACGGACACAAUAGUUAUUAAACCACGUGUUUAUGAUAGCAGGCCCACAAGCUUACCGCCGAUACAACAACACUCUCACCUCAGCUCGGUACAAUCCCCUUCGCCGAGACCUCGAACAGAGUUUCCCAAUAAAACUAGCAAUAGAAAUACGGCUUCAGUUCGUAUAAUAGCAGAAGGAGAAAUUGAUCCUGAUUAUCUAGUACCUGCACAAACAAGUGCAGGAGAUAGCUUAGUGCCAUCCUUGUCGACAAUGACAGACCAUGUUCCCCUAAUACCAGCACCGCCGUUGUUAACCACUCACCGUAUGCUCCAAGCAAAGGUAGACGAUUUAGAGGAGAAGAUAAGAGACUGUAGGGCAAGGAAACAGUCAUUAACACAGGGAGAUAAUUCUCACUUGGAAACAAUGACAGAGAGUGCUUUAGAUCAAACGAUUGCGCAAUAUUUAAGAGUACUAGCAGAGUUAAAGGCAACGUUGAAUGGUGUACGGACGAUCUAUAUGAGUGCAGCCACUGUUCCCAGCAUACUUCAAUUUGGAGCCCAUGUUAUUGCAUACCAAGUUACUCUCAUUGAGGCCGCUAUUUUUGGCGCUAUACCCCCUCAAGCAUUACUCGAACAUUCUACCAAAACUCCUCAUCCACGUAUUGUUGCUUCAACUGAUUUUUUCAACUAUAUCACAAGAUGCAUUGAACACUCUGUACUUUUACCUCAAGAGGCAUCAGCGCGUGCACAACUCAUUCAUUAUUGGAUCAAAGUAGCUUCUCGUUGUCUGGAGCUGAACAACUAUCAAACACUAAAAGCUAUUAUCUCAGCCCUUAACACACCACCUGUACAAAGAUUAAAGCGUACAUGGUCUUAUAUACCAAAGAAGAGUUCAACAAAGCUAGAGACACUGAAUGAUCUCAUGUCAGAAGCCAACAAUUAUGGACAUUAUCGUGAACAUAUGGGCAUGGUCAAUACCACGGUUGUCAACGGUAAAAGUGUGCAACUUAUUCGUGAUGAGCAUUAUUCCCGUCCUACUGUUCCGUUCUUGGGUACUAUUAUUCACGAUAUAACAUAUCUUUUGGCGGCAUUCAAAUCAUCUCCUCACGCGAAGACAAUGAAGCCAGAGGACGAACCACGUAUUCACGAUGUUCUGAAUACAAUGCAUCGUUUUCAAUCUGGCCCUCGAUAUACCCCCACAUUACCACAUGCCUUUUUAAAGUCCUCCCAAAAGCAUCAUUUUCGACCUGCAUUAUCCAAUGCAUUGCACCGAGGAGCAUCUCGAAUACAACGAUUCAGCGGUGGAAAUAUUUUUGGUGGAGGUAACAAUAGCAACAAUGAUUCAUCCACGAGCAAUACCAGCAGUAAUGUGAGUGUGAACAGUGUGGGCAUAGACGGUGAUGACGAUGAUAAUAGUAAUUUGGAAGAACAACAGAAAAUGGCAACUCAAUAUAUUUUAAUGCGCUCUUGGGUGAGCCAAAGUACAGUAGAUGAAUUGAGUAACUUGAGAGAGCCACCGCAACCGAAGACAUAUAGUAACACGAGCUAUUACGGAUCUCGUAGUAGCAGCGGCGCUGGUGGUGGACAUAUCUCAUCCAAUAUGAACCGCACCAGUUCCGUAUUCAGUAAUGCUAGCUCCAAUCUUAGAUUCAGUACUGGUUCAAUGUCGAUGAAUACCUUGAGCACAUCUAAUGGAGGUGACAGCAGUAGGCCCGGUAGUUUCGAUGACAUCGAAGAUGAGCAAAAGCGCAAACCCAUCCAUAACGGACAGCAGCAGCCACAACAACAACAAAAUGGAUUCUUCUCAAACUUUAGAAGAAGUGACGUGGGGGCUGGCGCUAGACCUGUUACUAUACAUGAAGGUAUGGAGAGAAGUGUUUCAGUGAGUUCUGGACUGUCAAGGGAAGAUCAAGAGAAUAUACAUGUGGCAACCUCUCAUAGUACCGGCAAAAUAGGAACAAAUUUGAGCACGCAAAGGCCUUCUGUACCUCCUAGACCAGUUCCAAAACCUCCAGUAUCCAAUGAUGCUGAUUCAGUUACUCAUAAUAAUGAUUUCAAAGUAGCGUUAGCGCAAAAGUUAGCUAGAGCUGCUGCUGAAAGAAACUGA